GUUCCAGUUUCGCCGUCCUUCACAAGUAGGCAUUGACAAAAAGAAAGGCCAAGGCAUAUUGGAAAGGGCCUAGAGGGUGGUGAACACAAGAAUGGAGAAAGCCCGCUAUCUUACCCGCUUGCUCGAUUCACUUGACCAAGUUUGACGAAGGCUUUUGAGAGAAAAUCAGCUGAGAGUACCGAUUUGUCUUUUGACGUUUAUUUCUGCGUUACACCACUUCCAUCUAAUGAGGAGGAAGAGGGUGACGUGUCCAGAACUAAAGGAUUAAUAAUGGCACAAGACACAGCGUCUACAAGUGGAGCUUCAAAUUCGCAAGACCGCGUCCUUUCCUCCACUCUAAGUCGACAAUGGAGCUCGGAAAUCAUUUCAGCCGAACAUAUCGACCUUCAGGCCACGGCCAUGGGCCUGGAUUGCUCUGGACAGAUAGUUCUCUUAGGAGGCAAGAAAUAUUUGGGCUUGGUUAAGCUUGACUACGAGACCCCAACUUUGGAGGUUACGUCAAAGUUGAAUCGACCCACGACGAAAUGGGAAGCUUGCAAAAUCAGUUGGAAUCCGGAUAUCGGGUCGAAAGAGGUGGUGGGAAUGGCUUGGAACGACCGGGUGGAGUUGUUCAAAGUGCAACCACAUUCUAUUGCCUCCAUGGAUCAAUUGCGCUUCCAUUCCCGCGUUAUCACCGAUUUUGAUUGGAGCUAUGAAGACCCGAAUGUCCUUGCAUCGGCUUCGCUUGACAGCUUGGUGUAUCAAUGGGACAUUCGCGAACCAUCUACUCCAGUAUUAACCCUCAAUGGAAUGGUGCCAAUCACACAUGUUCGAUGGAACAGACACAAUCCACAUCACCUUGCUACUACCCAUGAGGGCGAAGUCAAAAUCUGGGAUAAUAGACGCCUCGAUAUGCCCACACGAUUUAUCAGUAUGCAGUCUUCCCGUAUCCUCAGCUUGGAUUGGAGCCGCAAUUCGGCCCAUAAAUUUGUGACCAGUGGUCAAGAUUGCACUGUCAAGUGUUUCGAUCUCGCAACCGACCACAAGAAUCCCAAAAAAGUACUCAAAACCGCUGCUCCUGUUCUCCGAGCCAGAUACACACCAUUUGGAGAGGGCUUGGCCACAGUCAUUAUCCCACAAUUGCAUCGUAACGAUAAUACAUUGUUCUUGUGGAACUCUCAACAUUUACAGUCACCUGUUCAUUGUUUCUUCGGGCAUAAGGAUGUGAUCCUUGAUUUUGACUGGCGGCGACUAGAAGGAAGCGAUGACAUGGAAAUGAUUACGUGGUCCCGAGAUCACACUUUGAGGCUGUGGCAAGUACCAGUUGCUCUUCAAAACCAAUGCGGUGGAAAAGGUUGUUCAACAAAGACUUCAGUCUCAAACGAAAGCGAUUGUGACGAGAAAGAAGAUGACGACAUCAACAAUUACGAGGAGAAACAUGACAAUAGCCAUCCACCGCCCUUGGAGCCCCAAGAUUCCUUUGAAGAGCUGGAUGUCGACAAAACCCUCACCAGAUCGGGUGGAUUAGAACUGCUCAAAGAAGAAGAGGAACAACAACAGCAAUUGCAAAAUAAUCUCGAUACUGCAUUCAUAGUACCCUCCAGAGAAUCGACUCCGUUGCGACAGCUGGAGAGGAAGAAUUCCAGUAUUUUGGCUCAAGAGUUCCAGUCUUUAGACAUGAGUCGCAUCAAAUACAUCACCAUUGAAAACCUAGACUGGGCUAGACGGACUUGUCGACUCUCGGCCAGUUUCCUUGGCAAGAUCACAUUUCAUAAAAUAUUCCUCAGAAUCACGUUUCAACGUGAUUAUCCCCUAUCAUGCCCAAUGUUCGCGAUUGGACGAGGAACUACCCUGGACAGUGCCAGUAAAGCUUCUAUUGUCGACGCCAUGAAAAUGACAGCUGGCCAACAUGUUCGAAGAAAUUUGAUCUGUCUGGAGCCGUGUCUUCUUCAACUAGAGGCUUUGAUUGAUCAGAUGAGAAAAGGCGGUGGAGGCGAGUCCUUUACAUCAUCGUCAGAUAUCCUCAGCAUGCGGAAUAGUCUACCGGGACAAGGAGAAGCCUUAAAAAAUAACACGCCACCUCCAAAUCCAUUUCCUUUGGCAGUUGAUGGCAAUCCGGAGAUGUUAGAAGGUGACAUGGGAAAUUUGCCAGACAGCAAUGUACCCUACCCCAAAUUAAGUGGAGCUCGAUUUUGCUCCAAUGACUUGUUGGUAUGUUUCUGCCAGACUGAUUCUGUGUCAAAAAUGGUGAGGAGUUCGCCUGGAAACACCUUGAUUUUGACACCUCGAGCUUUGCCAGCCUUCGAAACCUCGUACCAUCUCACGCAACAAUUGGAUAUAAUGAAUGGAAUGAGACCUAUGAAUGCUCGAAGCGGCCAAUUUAGACAGAGUCCAAGCAAAUAUCAGAGCUCUUCAUCGAACUUGACGUGUAACAGCUCGUCCUCG